GGAGGGACAGAGGCAGGCGAGAAGCCACAGCAACAGCAGCAGAAGGCAGGAGCAGCAGAAGCCGCAGCCCCCAAGCUCCAGCCCCCUCGAGCUCGCCCACCUCGUCCAGCGGCAAUGGACUGUCAUCGGCUGGCCGUGCCUCGGGCCCUCCUGCUUCUGCUCCUGGUCCUGCUCCAGGCUCGGGGUGGCCGGGCCCUUCCCCUGGCAGGCCUCAGUCCGGCCCGGGAGCUGGCCGGAGUCCAGGAGCUGCUGAACAGGCUGAGAGAGAAAUUCUCUGUGCUGGAGGAGCUGGAGGCCGACUCGGAGCCGGAGACCGAGGCCGAGGAGCCAGCGGGGAACCCGGCGGAACUGUGGGAGGAGAGCGAGCCCCGGGCCCGGGCCCGGCCGGCCACCGCGGGGAGCCUGGAGUACCGCUCGCCCGCCCUCCAGGCCCUGCGGGGGCUGCAGAACCCCAAGUUCAUGCGAGAGUCCGGCUGCUUCGGGAGGAGACUGGACCGGAUCGGCUCCAUCAGCGGCCUGGGCUGCAAUGGCUUCAGGAAGAAUUAAGAGGAGGUCCCAGACACCUGCUCUCCAGGACUCUGUUCCCCCCAGGGAGACUUUUACAAAUAUGCUUUCAAAACCUUCGAAAGUGACUCCUAUUUAUUUAUUUAUUUAUAUUUAUUUAUUAUUGGUUGUUUUAUAAGAGCAUUUCUUACUUUUGAGCACAGGAGUUCCAGAUCCUGGUCAAACGAAGGGUUGCUUUUUACAUGGACCUGUUUUUGUCUUGAUGCAUCCAAUAAAAACUCCGUUGGCUUCCCUC